GCUUCUUGGAUGUUGUGGAAGCUGAUAAAAAAAAAGACCAGAAAGCAGCAGGGACAUUUCAGAUUUAGGUCCCAGCUGAAGACGUCAGUAUGUAAAGGCGACAUCCUUGUUGGUGAUAGAGCAUCAGUUUUUGGUUGUUUAACAGUUUCACUUUGAUAUGCUACUGCCUGACUGAAAUCUUUGAGCUUUUAGUGAAGAGCUGACAUACACUACAGCAAUGGAAAAACAAUGCCUCAGGAGUCAAGCCGUGCAAACAGAAAAACGAAUUGAAUUGUUGAUGAAUCAUAAUCCAAGAAUCGAAUUGUUGAAUUGUGAUACAAGCUUGAUGGAGCCAACCACAGAGAGAUCAGUAGUGAUUUCUGUUUACAAGAAGAAAUUUCUCCACUUGCUUGGUAUCCAUGAAAUUGCCCUGGAGAUUUCCCAGCAAUGUGGUGUACCUUUUGCUCUGAAGUUAGAAGCAGACCUUACGAUUAUUGGACCAAGUGUGGAACAAAUCCAGACAGCAGAGAAAAUACUUCAUGGUCUAAUAGUCGAAAAAGAGAUCAGUACCACACUAGAAAUAUUCUCACACACUGAAUGGCACAUGUUUAAAAAAAUAAUAUUAGCAAAAUUCAACCGACAUAGAGUUAAAAUUGAGAUCUUUGAUGUUAAGUGCGCACAUGAGAUGCCUGGCAUCUUUAAAGUCAUUAUAGUUGGAUUUAAAGCAGCAGUAGUUACUUUGAAAACAAUAAUAGCUGAAUUUCUCUGCAACAGAAUCCAAACCAAAGAAUGUAUUCCAAUAAAACGAAACCAAAUAGAGUUGGUUGAGAGCCUGGAGGAUGUUUUUGGCUUUCAACACACAAACGUUGAAAUGAAAAUCAGCCAGCACAGAAAUAAUGUAGAGAUUUCAAUAACAGGACCCAAGAGAUACGUAACACUUACUAAAGAGUACCUCAUGAGUGCAAUUCCAAGAUACUACUCUUUCAUGAAACAGAGCCAACAAAGUUCUGAAACGUUAAUCAGCAGAGCUUCAGGUUAUUGUUUCGCUCUGAUGGGUGGUAUCACGUUUACCGUUUCUUUGUAUGACACUAAAAAGGAGCAAGGCAUUAAACUCCUCAUAAAAACAGAUGAUGAACGCUUUCCUCCUAGUCAGAAUUUUUCUGAUACUGUUUCCUAUGAAGAAGAAUGUCAAGCAAAAAGCCCCAUGGUUGCAGUGACACUACAUAGCAAAAACAUUCUGGUGAAGGGUGGCAACCUCACAAAGCAGGUGACAGCAACUGCACUGAUGUGGAACAGUUCCGAUGGUAUGACGUGUUCAUAUCGAGCAUUGGAAACAUGUCUUAAUGAUACAGUACAUGUAGUUUUAAAGCACACAGAAGAGCAACAGCGCAGGGCACUGUUCAUACAGUAUUCUGUACCACAAGAGGACAACAACGAGUUAGUUAGAGCCAUCAUUACUUCUGUCAUCUCUGCUGUGGACAGUUACAGCAAUUGCAGAACACCGCCACUUUUCCUACAAUCCAUCUCUCUUCAGGUGAACAGUGUAAACACCCUCAAUCAGGUCCGUGACGCCUGCAUAAAACAAUGGCCUUUGGGUGCAUGUACUCAGAUCAGCUUAUCUAAUGCAUUACCACCGUGGGGAGCUUUAAAAACAACAGUUGGUCUUGGACUGAUUGAAGAUAGCAGGGCAGAUGUUCUUGUUGUGCAUGUUAGUUAUGAUGGGGACGUACCUGCAGUUCUGACCUUACUUGGACAUGAAGGGAGUAGAGACCUGAACAUUAUGUUGAAAGCUGUCUCUGAAGUCAUUACAUUUCCUAACCGUGAGGUCGUUACAAUUCCAGUUUCAAAUGAAUUAUGCGCCAACUUUCACUGUCACUGUAUUAUUCUUGUGUCACUUGACGAAUAUGACGACACUGAAGAGAAACCUGACAUGAUGCUGAGCAGAAUUGUCUCCAGAUGCCUUGAAAGAUGCCACAGCUAUUUUUUCAAAUCAAUUGCUUUCCCCGUUUUUGACUUAAGAAGGUUUGGAAUGUCAUACAAGCAAACAAUGGAAACAAUGCUUGAACAAAUAGCACUUUUUGGGGAAGAAACUCCAGCAACCUGGAUAAGAACUGCUGAAAUAGUUCUACCACCAGAAUACACGAAUAGCCGGAUGUGCUUUGAAGACACUGAAAGAAUUCUGACCACAGAAUUCCUCGAGAUGGUCAUCGGUGAGAGCGCAGUAUUCAUGAAGUACUUUAAUGACAAUGCUGAUGCAGCCACAGAUCUGCAAGCUUGCUUCCAUAAACUGGGAUUUUGUUUUCACACUUCUGGGUCAUUGCAUAUUCAGACCGACGCUGGGAAUCUACUAAGCAUGACACAAUUUGUGGAGAAGAUGAACUUCUUGGAGACAAUAUUUAAACUCGUAAAGUCAAAGUAUGAGAUAUAUAUUGAAUGCAACCCAUCCCUGUCAGCAUUGCUAACAGCAGACAUAUGGAAGCCAUUCCAUUCUAUAAGAGUUUAUAAUAGUAAUAUUAUUGUUGGUCUACAGGCUGAGGUCACCGAAGUGAAAAAAGCAUUAAAUGUAGCUGCCCAAGACAGGCAACAUGUAAAGAGAGAACAAAAAGUGCAUAGCAUAGCAAAGUAUUUACUUGUUAGCAGUAUUUUAGCAAAUAAACUUUCAACCCAGUUUCCACACCUAAAGCAUACAGUCGAACCUGCCAGUGGCCUGUUGAAACUAGAAGGAUGUCAUCGAGAAGUGUGUCUUGCAGAGGAAGAGUAUGGUGAAAUGUUAAAGAAACUAAUCUCUUGCCAAGUUCAGCUUUGUGAGUACAGAAAGAGAUUCCUAAAGUUCUAUUAUGAAAAGUGUAUAUGGGGUAUCCUACGUACAGAAGAGUUCCAUAUAAUAUUAGAAAUAGGGGAGAACAUUGAACUCUGUGGUAUCUCUGAUACUGAACUUCGUUGUGCAAAUGAUUACUUGGAUAAGUUUAUCUGUCUUAAAAUCAUCAACACAGAGAGUGAGCUACAAUCACCGACAUUUUCUGAAGACUUGAAGGAUAUUGCCCUUAAGUUAAAAGAAAGCAUAAACAAGGAGUCAAAAAAGAUAGACAUUUACACUGAACUAGGGAAAAACAACAACAUAAAUGUAGUCAUUGCUGGCCUUUGCAAAGAAGUGUUUGAAGCUGAAGCUGAAAUAAAAGAGUACCUUAACACGUUUGUGUUGAUCGAAGUCAGAAUUGCAUUUGGUCGACCUGAACUGUUAAGGUUUAGAAGCAUUGUUUUAGAACUUUUGCAAAAAAUGGAUGUUGAUGUUGCCUUAGAGGAUAAUACCCAAUCAAAAGGAUUAGACAUUGUCUUAAAGGGAAAAAAACAGAAUGUGGAAAGAGCCAUUAUUUCAGUGCAACAGGAACUUAAUUCUAUUGUAUGUAGCUCUGAAAUCAUAAAUUGUCGUGCAAUGCAGUAUCUAACAGAAGAACAAACCUUGCGAAUUGUGGGGAAGCAUUUCCAGUGUAUACUGCAAUUGAAAACUCCAGAAUGGAUGCAGCUAUUCGUGAUUGGGAAAGGGAAUCAUGCAAUCAAAGCUAAAGAAGCAUUACUGAAAAGUUUGGAUUCAAUUGUCCUUUCUCAGUGUGUGCCACAUCCUCUGAUCAAUACUGUCUUCCAGGGAAACAUCGACAGACUGCAGGAGUAUUGUGUUACGCUGGAAGCAAGUGACAGUGGAAUUAUUGUUACUGGUCUUGCAAAGUAUGUUCACCAGUGCUGUAUGGAAAUUCAAUCACAGUUGAUAUCUUUACAUGAAAAAAAAAUUGAAACCUUAAAGAAAGAAAUUGCACAAAUACUUGAACAAGAGCAGUUGAUUAGAAAUGAAAAUAAUGCUAUCAAAAUGGAAGUAGAAAAGAAGAAGAAAUCAAAUCAUUGCCAAAUUCUGAAACUCUGUAAUCAAAUUCGGAUUAUGAAGUGCAUAGCCAAGGAAACAGACACCACACUCCAAUAUCAAAUUACAAAUAUUCAGACUGUGCUACAAGAAAGAGCAAAUGAAAUUAAAACCGUAAAAGAUGAAAACCAGCAGCCAAGGGGAAUGCCAGACUGCCAAAAAUAUGAAAAUGCGGAUGGUAAGGGAAUAAUGGAAGAAAGAGAGAGUUUAGACAGUCAAACUGAGGGGCAUGGUCAGCAAAUCAGGGCAAUGAAACACAAUACAGAAGAGAGAGAAAAUGCAAUUCAGAUCAGUCAUCUUCACACAGUACAACAGGAAGGCAAACCAGAAACGAAAAAAUUAAAGGAAAAAAAAAAUGAUCAAGAAGAGGAGCAAUCGCUCAAAACAGAAAUUAAAAAUAUCGACAGAAAAAUGAAAACCACAAAGAAUUUGCUGUCCCAGCAAAUUAAGGAACAUUAUCAAGUAACAGAGAUAAUGAAACAUAAUGCCGAAAAAGGAAAAACUUCACUUCAGUCUCACAUUGCACGUGUCCUCGGAUUACUCCAUGAAAGGGAAGAAGAAAUUAAGGACUUAAAAGAGAAACUAAAGCAAGCACAAGAGCAAGAGAAGUUAGCCAGAAAUGAAAAUUAUGACAUCAACAAAAGACUGAAACAAACACAUGGAUUGUUUGAGCAACAGGCAGUGGAAUAUGGUUGGAAAACUGAGAUGAUGAGAGACAGUCAUGAAAACACGGUAAAUUUACAUCAAAAUAGAAAUUUUAAUUCAGUUGUCCAAGAAACAGAAGAGGGAAAGGAAGUCUUAAAAACAUUAAAAAAGAAAAGGUCUAAAAAUGACCAGCAUGUCAAAAAUAAAAAAGGCAUUAAUAAAAGAAAGGAAUCAAGUGAUAACAUUAAUGCUAAGAAAACUGAGGUUAUUAAUGGUGAAAGUAACGAAUCAAAAAAUGUAGAUCAAAUUCAAACAGCAGUUAAAGAUACUUCACUUCAGAAAAGACCAGAAGAAAUGAAAAUCUUAAAAGCAGAUGAAGGAAAAGUAGAAAAUACUGACAAUUGUAAUAUGAAUAGAAUAACCAAAACAUCAGAGAAUGUCCAAGGUAACGAGAGUGCUGAAAUUGGACAUCACACUGAGAAUACAGAAUGCAAAAAUGAAAACACAAAAAAUUUAUGUCACAUUACAAAUCAGACAGUAUUACAAGAUGGGAAACACAAAAUUAUUACCUUAGAAGAAAAGAAAAAAGCGUGCAAUGGAAAUUGUUUGCUCAAGAAUGAAAAUGAUGACAGCAAAAAAAUGAAACAAACCAAGAGCUUGCAAGAACAACAAACUGCGGAACAUGAUCACCAAACAGAUAACGUGCAGUGCAAGGUUGAGGAAACAAAGAAUUCACCCAAUAUUACAAAUGUUAAGACAGUAUUCCAAAAAAGAGAACAAGAAACUAAAUUAUUCAAAGAAAACAGGAAGGAGACUAACGAAGGGGAUAAUUUGUCUACAAAUGAAAAGGAAGACAGCAGAACAAUAAAAGAAAAUGAGGAUGUAAAUCUUAAAAAUAUCGUAGAAAACCAGCUGGAAACAGAACGUAUGAAAGAAAAUGCCAAAACAAAUGACACCUUAUCUCAAACUCAUAGUACAGGUAUUUGCACAGAACUACAAGAAACAGGAACUGAAACAAAACCCUUAAAAGAACAAGAGGAACUGUCAGAGGAAGAAAAACAGCCGCACAAAAAUGAAAAAUACACCAAAAAUAAAAGGGUGAAAAUGAACUUAGAAAGUCAACAGAUUGUGAAAAAUGGCCAAACAGAGACUAUGCAGUGCAAAGAUGAGGAAACAAACAAUUCAGCCAAUGUUAAGGUUCACUCAGUUCUUCAAAAAAGAGAACAGGAAACUGAAUUAACCAAAGAAAACAGGAAGGAGACUAAUGAAGGGGAUAAUUUGUCUACAAAUGAAAAGGAAGACAGCAAAACAGUACAAGAAAAUAAGGAUGUAAAUGUUAAAAAGAUUAGAGAACACCAGCUGGAAACCGAAACUGUGAAAGGCAAUGCCAAAACAAGUGACACCUUAUCUCAAACUCAUAGUAUUGAUAUUUGCACAGAACUACAAGAAACAGGAACUGAAACAAAACCCUUAAAAGAACAAGAGGAACUGUCAGAAGAAGAAAAACAGCACCACAAAAAUGAAAAAUACACCAAAAAUAAAAUGGUGAAAAUGAACUCAGAAAAUCAACAGAUUGUGGAAAAUGGCCAAACAGAGACUAUGCAGUGCAAAGAUGAGGAAACAAACAAUUCAGCCAAUGAUAAUGUUCAGUCAGUCCUUCAAAAAAGAGAACAGGAAACAGAAUUAACCAAAGAAAACAGGAAGGAGACUAAUGAAGGGGAUAAUUUGUCUACAAAUGAAAAGGAACACAGCAGAACAAUAAAAGAAAAUGAGGAUGUAAAUGUUAAAAAGAUUAUAGAACACCAGCUGGAAACCGAACAUGUGAAAGACAAUGCCAAAACAAGUGACACCUUAUCUCAAACUCAUAGUACAGGAAUUUGCACAGAACUACAAGAAACAGGAACUGAAACAAAACCCUUAAAAGAACAAGAGGAACUGUCAGAGGAAGAAAAACAGCCGCACAAAAAUGAAAAAUACACCAAAAAUAAAAUGGUGAAAAUGAACUUAGAAAGUCAACAGAUUGUGGAAAAUGGCAAAACAGACACUAUGCAGUGCAAAGAUGAGGAAACAAACAAUUCAGCCAAUGAUAAUGUACAGUCUGUCCUUCAAAAAAGAGAACAGGAAACUGAAUUAACCAAAGAAAACAGGAAGGAGACUAAUGAAGGGGAUAAUUUGUCUACAAAUGAAAAGGAAGACAGCAGAACAAUAAAAGAAAAUGAGGAUGUAAAUGUUAAAAAGAUUAUAGAACACCAGCUGGAAACCGAACAUGUGAAAGACAAUGCCAAAACAAGUGACACCUUAUCUCAAACUCAUAGUACAUGUAUUUGCACAGAACUACAAGAAACAGGAACUGAAACAAAACCCUUAAAAGAACAAGAGGAACUGUCAGAAGAAGAAAAACAGCACCACAAAAAUGAAAAAUACACCAAAAAUAAAAUGGUAAAAAUGAACUCAGAAAAUCAACAGAUUGUGGAAAAUGGCCAAACAGAGACUAUGCAGUGCAAAGAUGAGGAAACAAACAAUUCAGCCAAUGUUAAUGUUCAGUCAGUCCUUCAAAAAAGAGAACAGGAAACUGAAUUAACCAAAGAAUACAGGAAGGAGACUAAUGAAGAUGAUAAUUUGUCUACAAAUGAAAAGGAAGACAGCAGAACAAUAAAAGAAAAUGAGGAUGUAAAUGUUAAAAAGAUUAUAGAACACCAGCUGGAAACUGAACAUGUGAAAGACAAUGCCAAAACAAGUGACACCUUAUCUCAAACUCAUAGUACAGGUAUUUGCACACAACUACAAGAAACAGGAACUGAAACAAAACCCUUAAAAGAACAAGAGGAACUGUCAGAAGAAGAAAAACAGCACCACAAAAAUGAAAAAUUCACCAAAAAUAAAAUGGUGAAAAUGAACUCAGAAAAUCAACAGAUUGUGGAAAAUGGCCAAACAGAGACUAUGCAGUGCAAAGAUGAGGAAACAAACAAUUCAGCCAAUGUUAAUGUUCAGUCAGUCCUUCAAAAAAGAGAACAGGAAACAGAAUUAACCAAAGAAAACAGGAAGGAGACUAAUGAAGGGCAUAAUUUGUCUACCAAUGAAAAGGAAGACAGCAGAACAAUAAAAGAAAAUGAGGAUGUAAAUGUUAAAAAGAUUAUAGAACACCAGCUGGAAACCGAACAUAUCAAAGACAAUGUCAAAACAAGUGACACCUUAUCUCAAACUCAUAGUACAGGUAUUUGCACAGAACUACAAGAAACAGGAACUGAAACAAAACCCUUAAAAGAACAAGAGGAACUGUCAGAAGAAGAAAAACAGCACCACAAAAAUGAAAAAUACACCAAAAAUAAAAUGGUGAAAAUGAACUCAGAAAAUCAACAGAUUGUGGAAAAUGGCCAAACAGAGACUAUGCAGUGCAAAGAUGAGGAAACAAACAAUUCAGCCAAUGAUAAUGUUCAGUCAGUCCUUCAAAAAAGAGAACAGGAAACAGAAUUAACCAAAGAAAACAGGAAGGAGACUAAUGAAGGGGAUAAUUUGUCUACAAAUGAAAAGGAAGACAGCAGAACAAUAAAAGAAAAUAAGGAUGUAAAUGUUAACAAGAUUAUAGAACACCAGCUGGAAACCGAACAUGUGAAAGACAAUGCCAAAACAAGUGACACCUUAUCUCAAACUCAUAGUACAGGAAUUUGCACAGAACUACAAGAAACAGGAACUGAAACAAAACCCUUAAAAGAACAAGAGGAACUGUCAGAAGAAGAAAAACAGCACCACAAAAAUGAAAAAUACACCAAAAAUAAAAUGGUGAAAAUGAACUCAGAAAAUCAACAGAUUGUGGAAAAUGGCCAAACAGAGACUAUGCAGUGCAAAGAUGAGGAAACAAACAAUUCAGCCAAUGUUAAUGUUCAGUCAGUCCUUCAAAAAAGAGAACAGGAAACUGAAUUAACCAAAGAAUACAGGAAGGAGACUAAUGAAGGGGAUAAUUUGUCUACAAAUGAAAAGGAAGACAGCAGAACAAUAAAAGAAAAUGAGGAUGUAAAUGUUAAAAAGAUUAUAGAACACCAGCUGGAAACCGAACAUAUGAAAGACAAUGGCAAAACAAGUGACACCUUAUCUCAAACUCAUAGUACAGGUAUUUGCACAGAACUACAAGAAACAGGAACUGAAACAAAACCCUUAAAAGAACAAGAGGAACUGUCAGAAGAAGAAAAACAGCACCACAAAAAUGAAAAAUACACCAAAAAUAAAAUGGUGAAAAUGAACUCAGAAAAUCAACAGAUUGUGGAAAAUGGCCAAACAGAGACUAUGCAGUGCAAAGAUGAGGAAACAAACAAUUCAGCCAAUGAUAAUGUUCAGUCAGUCCUUCAAAAAAGAGAACAGGAAACAGAAUUAACCAAAGAAAACAGGAAGGAGACUAAUGAAGGGGAUAAUUUGUCUACAAAUGAAAAGGAAGACAGCAGAACAAUAAAAGAAAAUAAGGAUGUAAAUGUUAACAAGAUUAUAGAACACCAGCUGGAAACCGAACAUGUGAAAGACAAUGCCAAAACAAGUGACACCUUAUCUCAAACUCAUAGUACAGGAAUUUGCACAGAACUACAAGAAACAGGAACUGAAACAAAACCCUUAAAAGAACAAGAGGAACUGUCAGAAGAAGAAAAACAGCACCACAAAAAUGAAAAAUACACCAAAAAUAAAAUGGUGAAAAUGAACUCAGAAAAUCAACAGAUUGUGGAAAAUGGCCAAACAGAGACUAUGCAGUGCAAAGAUGAGGAAACAAACAAUUCAGCCAAUGUUAAUGUUCAGUCAGUCCUUCAAAAAGAGAACAGGAAACUGAAUUAACCAAAGAAUACAGGAAGGAGACUAAUGAAGGGGAUAAUUUGUCUACAAAUGAAAAGGAAGACAGCAGAACAAUAAAAGAAAAUGAGGAUGUAAAUGUUAAAAGAUUAUAGAACACCAGCUGGAAACCGAACAUAUGAAAGACAAUGGCAAAACAAGUGACACCUUAUCUCAAACUCAUAGUACAGGUAUUUGCACAGAACUACAAGAAACAGGAACUGAAACAAAACCCUUAAAAGAACAAGAGGAACUGUCAGAAGAAGAAAAACAGCACCACAAAAUGAAAAAUACACCAAAAAUAAAAUGGUGAAAAUGAACUCAGAAAAUCAACAGAUUGUGGAAAAUGGCCAAACAGAGACUAUGCAGUGCAAAGAUGAGGAAACAAACAAUUCAGCCAAUGAUAAUGUUCAGUCAGUCCUUCAAAAAAGAGAACAGGAAACAGAAUUAACCAAAGAAAACAGGAAGGAGACUAAUGAAGGGGAUAAUUUGUCUACAAAUGAAAAGGAAGACAGCAGAACAAUAAAAGAAAAUAAGGAUGUAAAUGUUAAAAAGAUUAUAGAACACCAGCUGGAAACCAAACAUGUGAAAGACAAUGCCAAAACAAGUGACACCUUAUCUCAAACUCAUAGUACAGGAAUUUGCACAGAACUACAAGAAACAGGAACUGAAACAAAACCCUUAAAAGAACAAAAGGAACUGUCAGAGGAAGAAAAACAGCACCACAAAAAUGAAAAAUACACCAAAAAUAAAAUGGUGAAAAUAAACUUAGAAAGUCAACAGAUUGUGGAAAAUGGCCAAACAGACACUAUGCAGUGCAAAGAUGAGGAAACAAACAAUUCAGCAAAUAUUAAUGUUCAGUCAGUCCUUCAAAAAAGAGAACAGGAAACUGAAUUAACCAAAGAAAACAGGAAGGAGACUAAUGAAGGGGAUAAUUUGUCUACAAAUGAAAAGGAAGACAGCAGAA